AUGAUGAAGCCGCUUCGAAAAGUAGUAUGCGCUGUUUCCGGAGGCGUCGACAGUGCUGUUGCUGCUUACUUAUUGAAAGCUAAAGGAUUUGAUGUUGCCGGUGUCUACAUGAUAAAUUGGGAUCGUGUGGAAGAAGGCACAAGCGAAUGUCCACAAUCCAGGGAUGAAAGUGAUGCAAGGAAAGUGUGCAGUCGUUUGCGAAUACCAUUUUACGUCGCCAGUUACGUGGACAAAUAUUGGAAUGAAAUUUUUUUAUAUCUGCUGGACAGCUACCGUAAAGGAAGAACUGUGGUUUCUGAUGUGCUGUGCAAUCAGACAAUAAAAUUCGAUCGGCUUCAUAAGUAUGCAUUUGAUGAGCUGCACGCUGAUGCUGUUGCAACGGGCCAUUAUGCAAGGACAAGUUUUGGCGAUUUCUUAGAAAAGCGCUCAGAGACUGGAUGUCAUGUCCAUGAUGAUGAUCCAGGCGUGCAUCGAUGCUUGCAGUACGAUGGAAUUACGAAAAGAAAUACGUUUUUCCGCAAACUUCGGCCAGCUCUAGCUAUUUAUAAUUUAGUGGUUCGGUUGCUCGCCGCCGUGGAUCCGCUCAAAGACCAAACGUAUUUUCUAUCCACUCUAAGCCAGACACAACUGAGGAGGUCAAUGUUCCCGGUGGGCUCAUUAACUAAGCUACAAGUACGACAAAUUGCAAGCGAUGCUGGUUUGCUGGAGGUUGCCAAUAAGCCAGAGAGUAUGGGAAUCUGCUUCAUUGGCAAAAGGAAAAAUUUCGAUUCUUUCAUUGAUCAGUGUCAAGGAUCGUAUCAUCCGGCUUUAUUUGCUCGAGAAUUUGUUGUUGAAGAGCCCGCUUGGAUAUCAGAAUGCCCGAUAAGUAACGAUACUGUAAAGACAGAAUUUCGUUGCCAGAGAACACAUCCGGCACUUUUUUGCGAUGUUGGACGAUUGCAACGAGGUUUACUCAGGGUUAAACCGCGUAAUCCGGUUCGGGCAGCUGCUCCUGGCCAGAUGUGUGUUUUUUACAACGAGAACGAAUGUCUUGGUGGUGGCGAGAUCCAGCACGUUGUUUCGACGUUGGCCGAACAAAAAGAUCACUGA